UGUACCGCGAGUAGAGGUAUCGAUGAUGGGAUGGCUGAAGAUACCCUGAUCAAUACAAUGACUAUAUUUCUGUGACAAGGCCGUAGGAAUUAUAGUUUUGGUAAUUGUUUCCCACAAGAACUCCACCCCUUUUGAUUACGAAUAAUGUGACGGGGCGCGUGUGUUUUUGUCGUGCGGUUUCGUAGCUAUCCUAGUCUUUACAUUUCAAAUAUGGAUGUCAGGUUUUGGUCAGCAAAAAGUGUUGUCCUAUUAAUGAGACCACUUAUGUGCACUUUAAUUAUUAUGAAGAUAAUCACAUCUGGACAAAAUUAACAAGCAAAGACAAAGAGAGCUUCUAGAAAUCAGGACAGCGAUUGCUCACCUCGUAUUGAAAGAUUACUUUUUCUUUAACGAGUUUGACCAGAUGGAUCUACUCCAGACACCCAACAAGGCCCUCAUCCCCGUCAUUCGCAGGAGAAAGAGACGGAGAUAUCAAGGACGAAGAUCGGGGUGCCUUGUGAGGAUCCGGCGCAAACCUGUGGCGUCAAUAUUUAUUGCUACUACUAGUGGCAAUCAGUUUACCAGAAGAGUUCCAACACCAGUAACUGCUGACGACCAGUCAGGGGGAGAAGAUAAAUCUGUUGGAAAAUGGAACCAAGCUAUCUAGCUACCUAAUUAAAUGUUGUCCGGUGAGUGUCUAACUUAGUAAAUAAAGGGAUACUUCGGGAUUUUGGCAAUUUACCAGGUUAGACACUCACCGCCUGGCUAGUGCUUAGCUAUAUAACGUUGACUAUCAUUCUGCACAAAUUAUGUGAUAGCUACAGUGAAGGAAAAAAGUAUUUGAUCCCCUGCUGAUUUUGUACGUUUGCCCACUGACAAAGAAAUGAUCAGUCUAUAAUUUUAAUGGUAGGUUCAUUUGAACAGUGAGAGACAGAAUAACAACAAAAAUAUCCAGAAAAACGCAUGUCAAAAAUGUUAUAAAUUGAUUUGCAUUUUAAUGAGGGAAAUAAGUAUUUGACCCCUUCUCAAUCAGAAAGAUUUCUGGCUCCCAGGUGUCUUUCAUACAGGUAACGAACUGAGAUUAGGAGCACACUCUUAAAGGGAGUGCUCCUAAUCUCAGUUUCUUACCUGUAUAAAAGAUACCUGUCCACAGAAGCAAUCAAUCAAUCAGAUUACAAACUCUCCACCAUGGCCAAGACCAAAGAGCUCUCCAAGGAUGUCAGGGACAAGAUUGUAGACCUACACAAGGCUGGAAUGGGCUACAAGACCAUCGCCAAGCAGCUUGGUGAGAAGGUGACAACAGUUUCUGCGAUUAUUCGCAAAUGGAAGAAACACAAAAGAACUGUCAAACUCCCUCGGCCUGGGGCUCCAUGCAAGAUCUCACCUCGUGGAGUUGCAAUGAUCAUGAGAACGGUGAGGAAUCAGUCCAGAACUACACAGGAGGAUCUUGUCAAUGAUCUCAAGGCAGCUGGGACCAUAGUCACCAAGAAAACAAUUGGUAACACACUACGCCGUGAAGGACUGAAAUCCUGCAGCGCCCGCAAGGUCCCCCUGCUCAAGAAAGCACAUAUACAUGCCCGUCUGAAGUUUGCCAAUGAACAUCUGAAUGAUUCAGAGGACAACUGGGUGAACGUGUUGUGGUCAGAUGAGACCAAAAUGGAGUUCUUUGCCAUCAACUCAACUUGCCGUGUUUGGAGGAGGAGGAAUGCUGCCUAUGACCCCAAGAAACCAUCCCCACCGUCAAACAUGGAGGUGGAAACAUUAUGCUUUGGGGGUGUUUUUCUGCUAAGGGGACAGGACAACUUCACUGCAUCAACGGGACGAUGGACGGAGCCAUGUACCGUCAAAUCUUGGGUGAAAACCUCCUUCCCUCAGCCAGGGUAUUGAACAUGGGUCGUGGAUGGGUAUUCCAGCAUGACAAUGACCCAAAACACACGGCCAAGGCAACAAAGGAGUGGCUCAAGAAGAAGCACAUUAAGGUCCAGGAGUGGCCUAGCCAGUCUCCAGACCUUAAUCCCAUAGAAAAUCUGUGGAGGGAGCUGAAGGUUCGAGUUGCCAAACGUCAGCCUCAAUGACUUGAAGAAGAUCUGCAAAGAGGAGUGGGACAAAAUCCCUCCUGAGAUGUGUGCAAAGCUGGUGGCCACCUACAAGAAACGUCUGACCUCUGUGAUUGCCAACAAGGGUUUUCCUACCAAGUACUAAGUCAUGUUUUGCAGAGGGGUCAAAUACUUAUUUCCCUCAUUAAAAUGCAAAUCAAUUCAUAACAUUUUUUUGUUGAUAUUCUGUCUCUCACUGU